AUGGGAGUAAUGGAUACAAGAUGGGAAACCAUAGUUCCAUUUACUGUAAUGGCGUUGAUGGAGGCAUGUACCAUUGCACUUACCAUCUUGGCUAAGACCGCGUUGACGGGUGGCAUGAGCCCUUUCGUGUUUAUUGUCUACACCAACGCUCUUGGCUCUCUCCUUCUCCUCCCUUACUCUUUCUACUUCCAUAGAGAUGAAAGGGACGAUGAACCAUUCCUCACGAAGCCUUCCCUUGUUCGUAUCUUCCUACUCGGUUUUACAGGGGUGUUUUUGUACCAAAAUAUGGCAUUUUUGGGGUUAAGUUAUAGCUCUCCAAUUGUGGUGUGUGCAAUGGGUUUGCAAUCACCUGCUUUCUCCUUCUUGCUCUCUCUUGUUCUAAAUAGGGAAGGAGGGCUAAGAUGGGAAAGUAAGAGAACAAAAGGAAGAGUGAUAGGCACGUUGAUAUGCUUCACUGGAGCCUUUGUAGAAGUUAUUUACUUAGGCCCUUUCAUUAGACCUUCUCCUUCUUCAUCUCCAAACUCCAAUUUCCUCACUACAAUCUCACACUACUUGACUUUCUUCAAGAACUCUGAUAAUUGGGCUCUAGGCUCUCUUCUUCUUGCAUGUGCCACACUCUCUAUCUCCAUCUGGAAUAUCAUACAGUUGGAUACAGUCCAGAAAUACCCUCAAGUGAUGAAAGUAGUGUCUGCCUAUAGUUUAGCUGGGACAGUCCAAUGUGCAAUUUUCUCAGCGUUCAUGGAGCCAGACCUAAAUGAAUGGAAACUCAAACUUAACAUGGACCUAUAUCUCAUUAUCGCCACGGGAAUAUUUGGAAGCAUAAUCAGAACAAGUGUUCAAGUGAAGUGCUCAAAAAUGAAGGGGCCUUAUUAUGUGCCAUUGUUUAAGCCAUUUGGGAUCCUUUGGGCUUCCAUUUUUGGAACAAGCUUCUUUGUCAAUAGUCUUCACUAUGGAAGUGUGUUAGGAGCUGCAAUAGCUGGAACUGGAUAUCUGUUGAUAAUGUGGAGUCAAAAUCAAAGAGAAGAUCAAAAGGAAACGGUGGUGAAAAACGAUAACCAUCAAUUGGAUUCAGAUGAACAGACAACUCCACUUUUGCUCGGAAAUGGUGAUUUUGAUCAAGUUUAA